GGAUAAUUUAAAACUUCCUCUCGUCAUUAUGGGAAUAAUAUCAAUGAUUGGUGGGCUCACAAGUUUAAGGCUACCCGAAACUCUUCAUGAACGACUUCCUCAGACCAUUGAAGAAGGCGAGAGUUUCGGAAAGGACUGGUCAAUGAAGCAAUGUUUCAGUUGCUAUUCGACACAGAAAUUAGUAUCAAAACAAGAUUCGUACGAAAACCUUCACGUCCUUUCCUGCAAAAUAAAUAGUGACUCCAAAUCAUCAAAUCAAUAUCCGAUAACAAUCGACCGGUCUGAAGGGGCUUCAAUAAAGCGUUUAGUGCGUCAAAUGAGCGUCAUGGAUACACAGCGAAAUAUUGAUGGAACAAUGCAGCUAACCCACUGGAUUUAAACUCUUGAAAAUUAUGUCAUAACUCAUAAUGUCAAUAAGAAUCAAAUAAGUGUAAAAAGUAAUAAGAAUAUGAGCAAAUAAUAAAAUAUUAACUCUUGAA